GUAUUCCAGCCCGGUCGAUGAAUGAGCCUAUCCUGGUGAUCGGUGCAGUGGUGAUACCUGGCAACGAUGUCGUUCUCUAGUUCGAUUCAGAGAUGAGACAAACUGGUGUUUUUGGGAGGUUGUGGAUCUACGGAGGUCGGUAAUUUGCCAGGCUGGAGCGUGAUUGACUGGAAGCGAGGGAGUUUGUUCCUCGCUGCUCAUGCCACUGGCGAGUGUCGUGGUUUGUUGCCCCAACUCGGCUCUGCUGGGUCCCGGUUCUGCUGGCAGUAGAGUCCUUGGUGGCUCGUCUUUCGACUGGUGCGCCGGCGUUAUGCUGUUGUGCGUAUCGUGGGAUGACUUUUGCUGCUGCCGCAUUGAUCAGCUUUGGAGCGUGCACGCGAAAAGGAAGCCACUGGUGUGUUAACGUGGGGUGUAACUAUUCUGGAUGUGCCGUGCUUGGAGGUUGUUAGAACUGUUGAACAGCGUCCUUUCCUGCUUGAGCGCCGGAUUGAAGAGGUCGUGUGGGUAGCGAGUAUUACUGGAGGUUUCGCAGCGGUGGACGAGUGUUGCGUAGACCAUAGUGAACUUUUUCAGCGCUAAUAUGUGCAUUGAACGGCAGAUGAAGUGGCGUGGUGAUUUUGGACGUGGAGAGACGGGUUGUUUGGUACACUUGUUUCGAGUUUAGGGGACAACGUUUCAUGCACUUUGCGAUUUGUGUUUGGCGGGAAGUUCGAUAUAGCAUUGCUUGGAGGGUGUACCGGAGAAGAGAUUUUUGUGAAAGAAGCGGGAAGAGGACUGUGGAUUUCAGAGUAAAACUACAAUUGAAAAUGUGACAGUGCAUUGAUUGGAUGGGAGUGACUCUAAGCAGUCUGGUUGAUUUCGCUAGUGGAAACUCCAUUGUCAAAACAUUGUACAAAACGGAUUAGUUUUCUCUGCAUUGCGAUUGAGAGAGUAGGCAUUAGGCAAGGGUGUACUAGGAUGCCGGCGUCGGGAAGUAAACCCGAGUAGUCUGCAGGUAUUUUUCGGACAGUUUCACAAACCUGGUCGCUGAAGACUACCUACUACCAGGAGGCUCAUCUCUGGCGACGGGAGUGAAAGUGGCGAAGAGUGUUUCUUUCAUGUCGUUCGUCUCAUGAGGAUGCAAUGUUUCAUGUUACAUGAUGCUAGGCUAAACAUCAUUUUGCAAUGGUAGUCAGCAGCCUUCUUUUUCCUCAUCUCGGAAGUUCACGUUCCAAGACAUUCGAUGCAGUGCGAUGGUGUUUAGGUCAUCACAUUUUAUUACUUUACAAGUUGGUGUGCCAAACAGAUGAAGCGCAGCGACCUGCUCAGUGACAUUGUAGCGGGAACUGUUCAGCAAGUGGAAUUUCAGGGUUCCGGAGAUGCAGAAACAUGAUGCCAUCGAGAGUAGCUGUCAAAGGGCGAUACUCCUCUAGGGGUGACACUCAUUUGGUUAUGGCGGGGCCGAAUGCUACAGUGGUUACAUUGCUGCUACUGACGACGAUUGUUUUCCCAGGCGUCGCUGCACAGACACCCGAUGAGACCCACCUUUUUAAUUUUUUGAAGAAUGUGCUGCCGGAUUUCAAGCUUUACUUCAACACAUCGGUUCCUACUUGUGACUGGCAAGGAGUUGUGACUUGCAUCGGGUUAGGACCCCGUGCACAGAUACGGACUCUUACCCUAAGUGGUCGUGGGUUAAAUGGAACCAUUUUGCCAGAUACAUUGGGCGCUCUCAGUUCAUUGCAGUUCCUUGACUUGUCAAAUAAUCUUCUCUCAGGAGAAAUUCCUCUAGACAUCUACAAUCUCUCCAGCCUUUCGUUUAUUAGGCUUGCCCAGAAUAGGUUGACAGGUGGCUUGUCUCCGAUGGUGAGCAAACUUGUGCAGCUAGCCACUCUAGAUAUCUCACAGAACCUGCUUUCUGGGCCCUUGCCUUCGAAGCUUGGGGAUUUGCAGUUUCUAGAAGUUUUAGAUCUCCAUUCAAACAAUUUCUCUGAAAACAUUCCUGUGCUUAGGCAGAGAAACCCUGUUCUUCAGAACCUGGACCUUUCGUCUAAUCAGUUGACUGGAGAGGUGCCUUGGGCGUUUGACAGUCUCACUACAUUGAAGUUGCUCAAUCUGAGCAGGAAUUCGUUGACAGGAGCGUUAACUUGGCAAUUUGAGAGGCUUGAAGGGUUACAGACUCUUGACAUUUCUAGAAACGCAUUGGAGGGGCAAAUUCCGGGUUUUGGAAAUUUAAAAAAGUUGCUUAAAGUGUCACUCUCUUCGAAUAGAUUCAAUGGCAGCGUACCUUCGUCCUUGAUUGGGCUGUCUGAUCUGCAGGACCUCUCAGUGGCGGACAACAGGUUGGGAGGUUCUCUUCCGCAACUGGCAUGGGCUGAUAGUAUGAUAAGCUCCCUGGAUUGUAGCAACAACUUUUUGAACGGUAGCGUCCCCGCAGAGUUAUUUGCAUCUCCUAACCUGGUAGUUGUGAGACUUUCCGGCAAUAACUUCACAGGAGCUCUACCAGAAAAUGUUUCGUCUAAAAUACGGGAGUUGGAUCUCCACAGCAACAACUUUGUUGGCACCAUUCCAAAGAGCAUAGUCACUCUACCAGCACUGGAGAAGCUGGAGCUAUCUUCUAAUCAGUUGGGUGGUCCCCUUCCACGGGACUUCAACGGGUUGAGCUCAAUCAACUACCUGGGGUUGGCUAGAAAUUCAUUUGAGGAAGGGCUACUCCCAGAUGUUACUGGAAUGACCAAGAUCUCCUACCUAAAUCUCUCGUCUUGCAGCCUUGGAGGGCCUAUACCAGACUCAUUUGCUGCACUGAAGAGCCUGGUCUCUCUUGAUCUUUCUCACAAUCAUUUGAAUGGAAGUAUUCCUGUGAGUUUGUCUGCAGCAGCAUCUUUGGAGUCUUUGGAUCUGUCUUUUAAUAACCUUACAGAUGUGAUUCCAGCCGAGCUUGCGUCUCUUGCUUCCUUGCGCCAUGUGAACUUUUCCUACAACAAUUUGAGUGGAGAAGUUCCCAAUUCAAAGCAAUGGGCCGCUUUUGGCAGUGCUUCUUUUCAAGGCAACCCGCACCUCUGUGGUUUGGUGUUGGAGAAACCCUGUUCCUCUUAUUCACCUCCUACUCCAGGAACUUCGGGUCCACAUCAUGGACGACACCGGAGGCGCCUCUUAAAAGUGGGAGCAAUUAUUGGGAUUGUAUUAGGGAGCAUAGUGUUAUGUUGUGGGUUUCUAACCAUUUUGCUCUUGUUCAUAAAAAAGAAGCCUAAGAAGCUGACAGACAGAGAGGUCUCCAAGUACCUUUCGAGUAAACUCCCGGUGACGUUUGAAGCGGACCCAAGCACAUGGGCAGGCCAAGUUCCGCAGGCCGGGUCUAUUCCAGUAAUAAUGUUCGAGAAGCCUCUUCUUAACCUCACAUUUGCAGACCUCCUGAAAGCCACCUCUCUCUUUCAUAAGGACAAUCAGAUAUCUGAUGGAGGUUAUGGUCCAGCCUUCAAAGGGACGCUGCCUGGGGGUUUUCAAAUUGUUGUCAAGGUUCUGUAUGAAGGCGGUCCUGUCAACGAGUAUGAGAAAGCAGCACAAUUGGAGUCGUUAGGGAGAAUCAGACAUCCCAACCUCGUGACUCUCGUUGGCUAUUGCUUGGUGGGUGACGAACGAGUGCUAGUUUAUGAGUUCAUGGAAAACGGUGACCUCUCGAGUUGCCUACAUGAACUACCUAGUGGCCAGCAAAAUCCCGAAGACUGGUCCAAAGAUACAUGGGAAAAUCCAGACUUCGAAACGAGAAAUGAUGUACUGAGCUGGCAAGUGCGGCACCGCAUCGCCCUGGGAGUGGCACGGGCACUGGCCUUUUUGCACCAUGGCUGUUGUCCCCACCUUGUUCACCGCGCAGUAACAUCAAGUAACAUUUUGUUGGAUUCGAUUUAUGAGCCUCACCUGGCAGACUCUGGGCUCGGGACCCUCACUGUCACUGGAGGACCUGAUUCAGAGGCUCCAGCUUACUGUGGAUCUCCAGGCUACAGUCCCCCCGAAUAUGGCCAGUUGUGGAAGGCAACGACUCGUGGUGAUGUGUACAGUUUCGGGGUGCUGGUGCUUGAACUUGUGACAGGGAAGAAGCCGACGAGUCCAUACUAUCACGAAAGCUACGGCGGGAACCUGGUGGGGUGGGUGCGCGCGCUGAUCCGGGAGAAGCGGGGGUACAAGUGCCUGGACCCGAGGCUGGCGAGCUCGAAGGUGGAGAGCGAGAUGCUGGAGGCUCUGCGGAUCGGGUACCUGUGCACGGCGGAGCAUCCUUCGAAGCGGCCGACGAUGCAACAGGUCGUGGGUUUGCUGAAAGACAUACAACCGGAGUUUAGUGGUGCAGCAGCUUAGUCGCUUAGGAUGGAUGUCUCUGCGCUCUCGUACCGCUCUGCCGGUUGCUGCAGGAAGCCGGUUUGCGCGAUUGCAGGGUUUGUAUAGGAUUGUCAUUGUACACUAGGAUCCGGCGAUUUUCCUGACUGACGAGUUGUAGGCGACGUGUGCUGAUACAUACAUACAUUAAUAUAAAUCUGUCUCAGCUCAGGUGGGUGCGAUAAUAAGCAUGGCACACCACGGCAGUUGGGUUAUUCAUACGA